AAAAUCAUUUGUUUUAUUAUAAACAAUGUGUCAUAACUAAUUUUAAAAGGUCACAUAUCUACGUAAAAUAAGUUCAAAUAUUUUCUUUGUAAGGAAAUUUCGUUCUAUUGUGCUAAUGAUAACCAUUUAUUCCAAAUAGACUUUGUUACUCUGUAAAAGAACUAAUUACUAGUAAUAAUAAUUAGCAGGUGAGUAAUUAAUCAAUCGACUAUGGAUAAAAACGAGAAGAUGUUGGGAAUAUUAAGACAUAAAACGAAGAUUUAUACAGAUAUGUUGAAAAAAAAUGUAGAUAAUACCAUUAGUAGUACGAAAAUUCUUACCAAACAUUGGGAAAAUACAUUGUCCGAUUACAGUGAUACAGUGUUGCAUAAUACAAUUUUGUCCUAUCAAAGAUCUUUGACUAUUCAAAUGGAGUUUAAAGAUAAAAUAAUAGAGAAAUUACAAAACGAAUUGGACGAAUGCAUAGAAUAUCGUUGUAGAACUGGUCAAAGAAAUUUAGAAUUGGUUAAUACUACACUAGAUGCAUUUAGAAAUGAAAUUGAAAAUAUACAUCACCAAUAUCAAGCUGAAUUAGAAUUAGCACUACCUAUAGAUUUGGUGGAAUUAGAAGUCAGAACAAACGAGAACGAUACUUAUUGGAGGAUGCUAAAAUAUGAUAAUCAAGUGGUACAACUUGAGAUAGAAAAAUGGAAAUCUAUUAUUGAAAACAAACACAUAGAAAAUAUGGACAUUGAACGUGGAAGGUUUGAAUCAAUCAUGAAUAAGUUUUGUUGGAAAGAGUACAUAAUGCAUUACAUGAAUAUGAAAGAUGUAUAUUAUUUUACUUUGAAUGAUUAUAAGAAACAAACUAAAUAUACGGCGAGAGAGUACCUGAAGUUAAAAAAUGUGAACGAACAAUUAUUAAUUACAACAAAAAAAUUAAAACUUCGGAUCAAAGAUUUAUUAAAUAAAAUAAAUACUCUGGAAAAAGAAAUAAGUAACCCUAAAUUGUUGAAAGAAUUAAAUAUAUUAAUACAAAAAAGAGAUGAACUUCAAAAGGGUUUGAAACAAUUUAGAAAUAAGCUCGCUAAUAAUUCUAAAGUCGGUCACAAACAAAAGUCACUUCUUUGCCAAUCUACUAAAGAAAUAAAUAAAAACGUAAACAUUAUAUUGAAGAGGGGCGAAGAAGUAAUGAAAUGUAUUCAACUAUGCCAAGAAUUGGAAACAUCCGAAGAAAAAACUAAUAAAAUUCCAUUAUUAAAUACAUACGAAAAUAACGAAGUGCCUGAUCAUCAAUCAACAUUACAAGAAAUGUUGUCAAAUAUCCACCAUCGUAUAUCAUCUGUAAAUAUUGAGUGUGAAAUUAUUGACGUGAAUAACAAUAAACUACAAAAUGAAAAUAUCGAAUUAAAAGAAAAAAUUGCUAAUAUUAUCCAACAAAUAAAAAAUAAACAUCGUAAAUCUUAAUGGACAAUUCGUUUUAAAUCAUUCCUUUGAAAACAUAGUAAUAAAUGUUUCUUGUAUUUAUUUGAAUGUCAAUAUGGAACUUAAAAUAAUUUUUUUUUAAAUAAAAUAUGCAAGUACUUACGAACCGUUUAUUUUUAUUGAAAUUAAAGUUUUACUUACAAUUUGUACAUACAAAUACACAAAUGACAUACAGAGAAA